UCUCUUCCAACUCUCAUUGUCAAUAUCAGUUCUCUCUUUAAUUUUGAGUCUUCAAAAAAGAGAAAAACAAACAUUAUUCGGAACAACUACUACUUACUGUGAUUAAAAUCAUCAUGGGAAGAACACCUUGUUGUGAUAAGAAUGGUUUAAAGAAAGGGCCAUGGACAGCUGAAGAAGAUCAGAAGCUUGUCGAAUAUAUACAAAAACAUGGUCAUGGUAGCUGGAGAACCCUUCCAAAAAAUGCUGGUCUUCAAAGAUGUGGAAAGAGCUGUCGUCUCCGAUGGACUAACUAUCUAAGACCUGAUAUCAAGAGAGGAAGGUUUUCGUUUGAAGAAGAAGAAACCAUCAUUCAGUUACAUAGUGUUUUAGGCAACAAAUGGUCUGCAAUUGCUGCUAGAUUACCGGGAAGAACCGAUAAUGAAAUCAAGAACUACUGGAAUACUCACAUUCGAAAGAGACUAUUGAGGAUGGGAAUAGACCCAGUUACUCAUAGUCCACGUCUCGAUCUUUUAGAUCUCUCUUCGAUACUUAACUCAUCUCUAUACAACAAUUCAUCUCGACUGAAUAUCUCAAGAUUACUCGGGCUUGACCAACCUCUAUCCAAUCACCCAGACCUUCUAAGAUUAGCUGCAACUCUCUUUUCAUCUCAACGUGAUGAUCAGAACUCGAAUCUCGUCUUACCAAAUCUUCAAGAAUACCAGUAUUCCAAUUCACAUAUCCAAGAACAGAAUCAAAACCAGUUCCAGAACCUCCAUCAACUAGAAAACUGCACUACAUCAACCACAACUACUACUACUCCUUUCUCAAAUAUCGAAACUCAACUUUUACAUGCCAAUGUAGAACAAUUUCAAGCAAACCCUACAAAUUUUCCUAGUCAACAACCUUUAGAAUGGGAAGAGAAUGUGCAGACGAUGCAUGGUGCUAAUAUGAUAGAUAGUUUGGUUUCAUUACCAGAUUAUAGUUUCUAUUCUGGUUCAGAUCAAUCUUCAAUCAUCGACCCUCUAUCCUAUAACUCAAAUUUCAACUCAGUAAGCAGUUCCACUGAUCAGAGUUUUAAUUUUACUUCCGUCUUAUCCACACCUUCGUCUAGUCCACCCCCUUUGAACUCUUAUUCCUCAACAUAUGUCACCAGUAGUACUGAAGAUGAACGAGAGAGUUACUGCAGCAAUAUUAAUGUUAUGAAGUUCGAAAUCCCUGAUAUUUUCGGUGUAAACGAGUUCAUGUAAUCAAGUUAUAGUCCGGAAAAGAUUGGAGAUUGUCAUUUACAAAAGAUCAGUGUUUUUUUUUUUGAUCGGUAAAUUAUAUAUGGUGUAGGCAUGUCGUCGAGAUUUUAACCUCAGGUUGUGAAUAUCACCAUCUAAUGACUUCGCCAGUAUCUACUAGAAAUGCAUCUGUAAUAGAGAUUAGUACUAUUGAUUCUGUAAGAUAAUUUUGUGUUAAUUAAUAAAAUCCGUAUUUUUUAAUUAA